GUGAAAGUAGACACAGUCAGAAGAAGGAGUCAGAACUUUGUGUUUGUUUGUUGUGAUGUUUAUUGUUGAUUUUCGUGUUUAUAUCUUUGCUACAGGUGUAAUUUGUUUCAUCUAAAAGUAAACAGCGAAACAUGUUAAGUUUAUAUCACGUUAUUUCUUUUUGUGUUAUGCUGUUGUCAAUAAUUUCGUCUGCACAUUCCGGGAACACAGACACAGAAGAAGACAUAGACUGGUCAAAAACGAAAAUAUGGGGACCAGGGUUAAGAGCAGACUUUUGUGUACCAGCAAGAUACUUCUUUAUCCAGCUUAUUAAGUUCAACGGAGACAAUUACACGCAGUCUGCAGGUGAGAGGCCUUUCGAGGUCGGGCUUUCCCAGGCGGGAGGACAGCGUGUGCGGGUGUAUAUGCGGGUCCUUGACAAGAAGGACGGCAUGUACCUCAUCACUUUUCGCAUCUACGAGACACUCAGAGAUCUGCAGAUCACCAUCACUAAGGAUGAUAAACAGCUAGGAGAUUCACCCUUCUCACUGACAGGCCCAGUCCUUCAAGAUCAAUGUUACUGUCCUCAACCCAGCCUACAGCAAUGGUAUGACACAAUGUCCUGCCCCCAGUCAUACACUCAGAUCGAGUCAGACCUGUCCAUUUUUCGUCAAGUUGACCUAGAAGAGACUGCUGCUGAAACGAUACAGCGGUUUAAUAUCUCCACGGCUCAUAGUCUCGCUAGGUACAGGGUCAUCGGAAAUAAGAUUUACAGGAAGACUUAUGGCCAGCAUGUGGGAUUCAAGAUGUUCAGCGAUGCUAUUCUUCUCUCUUUGACUAGGAAGGUUGUUUUACCAGACAUUGAGUUGUUUGUGAACCUUGGUGACUGGCCGCUGGAGAGGGGAUCAGUGAGCAAUAAUCCUGUGCCAAUAUUUUCCUGGUGCGGCUCUGACUCCAGCAGGGAUAUUGUCAUGCCAACAUAUGACCUCACAGAAUCAUCGCUUGAGAUGCUUGGCAGACAGAGCCUGGACAUAUUCCACGUUGCUGGGAAAAGCCCUGCCCCUUGGACUGAGAAAGAAGAAAAGGGGUUCUGGCGGGGUAGGGAUUCUCGACAGGAGCGGCUUGACCUUGUAGUCAUGUCCCGGGAAAACCCAGAUGACCUUGACGCAAAAAUGACCAGGAUGUUCUUUUUCAAACAUGACCAGGAAAAAUAUGGCGACCUUGUUCAGAAUAUACCAUUCUUUGAUUUCUUUAAGUACAAAUACCAGAUCAAUAUAGAUGGUACCGUUGCUGCGUACCGGUUCCCGUACCUGCUAGCUGGUGACGCAGUGGUUUUCAAGCAGGAGUCAGAGUACUAUGAGUUCUUCUACAAGGAGCUGGAGCCCUUUGUACACUACAUUCCCUUCAAACACGACCUCUCCGACCUCAGGGAGAAGAUACAGUGGGCCAAAGAGAAUGAUGAUAAGGUUCGUGAGAUCGGGAAGAAUGGGCAGAACUACGCCCUUCAGAGGUUGACACCAGGGGAGGUCUUCUGUUACCAUGUGAAAGUAUUUGAGGAGUAUUCUAAGAGACUGAAGUCUCCUCCCCCACAGCCAGAUGAGACGUGGGAGUUGGUGGAACAGCCAAAGUCCAUCGAUUGUCACUGUGAUAGGCUGGCACAUCCCGCUGAGUCUAAAAGUGCUAAAAAGUCAAAGAAAAUGAAAAAGGAUGAACUGUGAUACUAUGCACUGCAUGAUGUUACUUAUACAAUUGUGCCAUUGUUGGAAAAUUGUAAUUUCUCUAUGAACAUUUCUUUAAUAUUAUUGUUAUUACUUCAGCUGUCAAUUAGAACUAUGCAAGUGUGUAUUAUGUCUGAAAGUUACUGCAUGCAUUUUUUUAUUUUGUAUCAUAACGGCCUAUGUGUAUUAUGUCUGAAAGUUACCCAUGUCUGUAUACAGUCUUCAGUUUCUUCAGAAUACAAAACAAUCAUUUUAGAUAUUAAAGUAAUUACAAAUAGUAAACGUGUUAUACAGAGGCUUUUUAGUAAUGCAAUACAUUGUCUCUGUCACGUGCUCCUAGAAGGAAAUUUACAUACAAUUUACAGUUUUAAAACUGAACUCAGUCAUGGGCCCAGAAUACUUGUUCUUUUUUCUUUGUGUAACCACAUAAAUGAUUUAGCAUGAUGCGAAUGGGAGCCACACUCCGCCUGGUCAUGUGAAUGGUUAAAUGACCACCAGCGUCUGUUAAUUCUCACAAAUGUCUUUUAGCAUGGAUUCUUGGCGAUUGUUUAAAAACAACACCUCAUUGCAUGUCUACAGAAUCUCAACAAAGUUUACUAUAUAAACAAAUCUAUAACUUUUGGACUUAAAUAUGAAAAUCUGUAAUUUGAUUUUUUGUAAGCAGUCUUGUAUCACUGGUUUCCAUGCAUUUUCGCAUAAGUAGACUCAUUCCAAGACAAAAACAAGGUUGUCAAAACGUUCAAUUUGCGAGAGUGCAGCUUUAAAGGCAAUAAUUGUGUACUUGCAUGGUCAUAUUGUUCCCACUGCUUUACAUGUAUAUACAACAACUGCUGCAUUUACACUCAGGAAUAUGUAUACUUGUGUAAAAGGUUGUGGAUGCCAUAGACAAGUAUCAUACACUUCAAAUAUAAUACUUUACAUACUUUAUAUAUCAAGUGGAUAAUGAGAGGCCAUAUCAUUUCAUGAAAACAGUUAAAUAAAUGCUGGGUUUGCAUGCAGGUGACAAACUGAAUAUAUUUAUCUACCUGUAUUAUGAUGAAAAUGGACUCUGCUAUUCAAAGUCUACUACAGAAUUGCCUCAUAUUUUGUGCUUAAAUGAAGCGAAAAUAGACUGCUAUUCAAAGUCUACUACAGAAUUGCCUCAUAUUUUGUGCUUAAAUGAAGCGAAAAUAGACUGCUAUUCAAAGUCUACUACAGAAUUGCCUCAUAUUUUGUACUUAAAUGAAGCGAAAAUAGACUGCUAUUCAAAGUCUACUACAGAAUUGCCUCAUAUUUUGUGCUUACCCGGUAAAUGAAGCAAAAAUAGACUCUGCUAUUCAAAGUCUACUACAGAAUCGCCUCAUAUUUUGCGCUCAUAUCAAGCUUCGUUAACUGUAUAGCAUCAACUCAAUCAUAUACAUAUCAUAUACCAGCUAUAAGCAUUUUGUCUAUUCUUAAAUCUCUUACCUCUCUCUUACAAGUAUACAUGUUGUAUUACAACCAAACUAUUUUACCAUUUCUGUGUCCAGACAACAUCUGGGGCUAUUUGUAACCUUUAGUGAUACAUAUAGCUAUACUUUAAUGUAAUAUUAUUUGUUAGGCUACAAUACUGAAAUUGUUUUCCACUCCUGUAUAGAAAUCAAUAUACAUAUACCUAUGCUUUAUAUUUAUGCAAUGUAUACUGAAAUCCAAAUGCUGGUCUCCAUUAUCUAUGCAAGCUAAGAAGUUUGGACAUUAACCUUAUUUCAUGUUUCCUGCUUAACAAAAAUAUGCUAAGCGUUCUUGUAUCAAAAUUUCAUGUACAUGAACGAGAUAAAUUAGAUGUUUAAAAGUAU